AUGAUGGGCGAUAGGAAGAUCAUCAACCUCGAGGAUGGAUGGGACUUCAUGCAGAAAGGAAUCACCAAGCUUCGCGCCAUCCUCGAGGAUGGAGGGCAGGAACCUUUCACACCGGAGGAGUACAUCAACCUCUACACCACCAUCUACAAUAUGUGCACGCAGAAACCGCCCCACGACUUCUCCCAGCAGCUGUACGAGAGGUACCGCGAGGCUUUCAACGCGUACAUCACCUCCGACGUCCUCCCCGCGCUGCGCGAGAAGCAGGGCGAGUACAUGCUGAAGGAGCUCGUGAAGCGCUGGGACAACCACAAGAUCAUGGUCCGGUGGCUCUCGCGCUUCUUCAACUACCUCGACAGGUACUACAUCCAGCGUCACAACCUCGCGCAGCUGAAGGACGUGGGCAUGCUGUGCUUCCGCGACCUCGUCUAUUCCGAGCUCAAGAAGAACGUCAAGGACGCGGUGCUCGCGCUGGUGGAUAAGGAACGCGACGGCGAGCAGAUCGACCGCGCGUUGGUCAAGAACAUCCUCGGCAUCUUCGUGGAGAUGGGCAUGGGCGGGAUGGAGGCGUACGAGCAGGACUUCGAGGCGCACCUGCUCACGAACACGGCGGCGUUUUACAGCAGGAAGGCUUCCGUGUGGAUCGACGAGGACUCGUGCCCGGAUUACCUGGUCAAGGCGGAGGAGUGCCUGAGGCGGGAGAAGGAGAGGGUGGGGCACUACCUUCACGCGUCGUCGGAGACCAAGCUGCUGAAGGAGGUUGAAAAAGAGGUUCUCGCGGCGUACGAGACUCAGCUGUUGGAGAAGGAGCACAGCGGCUGCGCGGUGCUGCUCCGCGACGACAAGACGGAGGACCUGGCGAGGAUGUUCAGGCUGUUCAAGCGGAUCCCCGCGGGAUUGCCCCCGGUGGCGGACAUAUUCAAAAAGCACGUGGAGAAGGAGGGCGUCACCUUGGUGAAGCAGGCGGAGGAUGCGGAGGGAGCGAAGAAGGAGGCUCCCAAGGACAAGGCGGCGGCGGCGCAGGGCACCGAGCAGGUCUUUGUCCGGUCCAUCAUCCAGCUCCACGACAAGUAUCUCCAGUACGUCGUGGACUGCUUCAGCAACGACUCCUUGUUCCAUCGCGCUCUGAAGGAAGCGUUCGAAGUUUUCUGCAACAAAGUCGUCACGGGGAGCACGUCUGCCGAGUUGCUCGCUCUUUUCUGUGACAAGCUGCUCCAGAAGGGCAGCAGCGAGAAGCUUUCGGACGAGGAGGUGGAGAUGACGUUGGAGAAGGUGGUCAAGCUCUUGGCCUACAUCAGCGAUAAGGACCUUUUCGGCGAGUUUUACCGCAAGAAACUGUCCAGGCGUUUGCUUUUCGACAGGAGCGCCAACGACGACCACGAGCGGUCCAUCCUGACCAAGCUCAAGACGCAGUGCGGCGCGCAGUUCACGAGCAAGAUGGAGGGCAUGGUGACCGAUCUGCAGAUCGCGAAGGACAACCAAAAGGAGUUCGAGAAGUGGCUAGACGACGACGAGACCCGCAAGCCCAAGAUGGAGUUCGCCGUCACGGUUCUGACCACCGGGUUCUGGCCCACGUACAAAUUCACCGAGCUGGCGCUGCCCGAGGAGUGCGUCGGAUGCGUCACCACGUUUAAGGAGUUUUACGAUAAGAAGCUGCAGCACCGCAAGCUGACGUGGAUUUACGGCCUCGGUCAGGUCACUAUGAAAGGGAACUUCGCGUCCAAGCCCAUCGAGCUCAACAUCAACCUGUUCCAGGCUGCCAUCUUGCUCCUCUUCAACGAGCAGGAGACCCUCAAGUACACGGAGAUUCGCGAGAGGCUCGGACUGCCAGAUGAAGACAUGGCGCGUAACCUGCACUCGCUGUCGUGCGCCAAGUACAAGGUCCUGCUCAAGGAACCCGAGAACAAGAGCAUUAACCAGGACGACGUGUUCACGUACAACGAAAAGUUCACCGACAGGAUGCGCCGGAUCAAGAUUCCGCUCCCGCAGAUUGACGACAAGAAGAAGGUUGAGGCGGAUGUUGACAAGGACCGACGCUACGCCAUCGACGCGGCGAUUGUGCGGACGAUGAAGAGCCGUAAGGUGCUUCCGCACCAGCAGCUCGUGCUCGAGGUUGUGCAGCAGCUGACGAAGAUGUUCAAGCCCGACUUUAAGAUUAUCAAGAAGCGGAUCGAGGACCUCAUCUCGCGAGAUUACCUGGAGCGCGACAAGGACAACCCCAACGUGUUCAAGUACAUGGCUUGAUCGUGUGGGCGAGCAUGUUGUAAUGAAACGAAAUGGCGAAUUGCGAAUG